UGGCACUGCGACCCCCCCCGGAGCCUCUGUCACCUGCCCUGUAAUCUGCACCUUACCUACAGCUCCUACAGCAGGACAUGCUCAGGAGACAAAGUCAAAAGCGACAGGACCCCGCUGUUGCACAGGCAGCACCUGCCAGUGGGAGUGUGGGAGAAAGGGCGCUGGGGUGGGCGGAAGGCACCAGCCCCCUCAGGCUGGCGUCGUGGGAGGCACCUCAGCGACACGGACAGUGGAAACGCGUGUCCUCGGAGGACGCUCUCCUGCAGGAAACCUUCUGCUGGGCGCGGAGCUUCCAAGUGCUGGGCCUCAGCCUCAGACCCGAGCUACCUGGGGUGCGUGAUUCUCGUCGUGGAGGCUGCUCUGCACACGGGAGGAGGCUUAGCCGCAUCCCUGGUCGCUACUGCUCAAGCCAACAGCACAUCCUCCCCACCAAGGCUGACACGACCGAGAUCGACAGGCAGCUCACAACCCAUGUGCCACACUCCCCCCGGCUACCCCAUCUGUCUCCUGGGAGCAGGCAGGGCUGGAGGCAGGCUGAAGAUGUGGGCAGGCUGCCAAAGAUCCUGGGAGGCGACAAAGUACCAGAGCAGAUCUCCUUCUCUUCCCCGCCGCCCCCCACACCUUCCCCCUCCCUUGCCACGCAGGGCCUGACAGCCCCCACAGAAAUCACGGCAAAGGCCGUGCCUGCCUGGCCACAGCCAGAGGGACUGUCCAAACACAGCUCUGACUGUCCCUCCUCGGCUCAGGGAUCACGGCCAAGGCCUCAUGGAGGCUACAAGUGUCCACCUAAGGUGACCCCUGCCUGUUCUCCAGCCUCAUUGGCCAGCAACCCCACCACACACACUUGCCCCUUCUCUCAGUCCCUCAACACUCCUCCUUUCUCUCACCCCAGGGCCUUUGCACAUGCCAGUCCCCUGCCUGGCUCCCUGCUCACCUAUCUUCACCUGCUAAAUCCUUCCUUCCUUGGGGAAGCCUGCCCUGACUGUCCCCUGCCCCACAGCAUGUCACAGACCCUCAGAGCUCGGCCCUCCUGUCCUCUCACAACACCCCCCUCUACUGUGCUCAGUCACCUGCACAAUGACCUGGGUGAGAGUGCCUCCCCACAGGACUGGGAGCUGCUCAAAGUCUGGCCUGGUCCUCGCUGUGUCCCCAGCCCCACCCAGCACAGGCCAGGCCCAGAGCCUUCACUAAUUCAGGGUGGGGGUGGCUAACAGAACCGCAGCUCCUAGUUCCGCCAAGCAAAGGUGAAACAAAAAGCCUGCAUUCAUUCAUUCCACAAAUAUGGCCGCCAAGCUGUGUCAGCGCUGCUGGGUCGCCAAGGAGGCAGCAGGGACCAAAACAGAACUCCCUGCCCUGGGGUUUUAUAGGGGGCGGGGCGGGGGAGCGUGGACAGACAUUAAAAUGACUGAGUUAAAUAAGCCGGCAAAUUACAGAGUACAUCAGAAGGCGACAAUGUAAUGGAGAAAAGCAGCAUACGGAGGACUCAGCGUGUGGGAGGGGGCGAGGGUUUUCGCUUUCACACAGGGGGGUCAGAGGAGGGCUCAGCGACAUGGGGGAAGCUGGGCAGAAACCUGAGAGAUGAGGGGGCCACGGAGAGACCUGGGGAGAGGGCUCCAGGCUGAGGAAGAGCGAGGGCUGGCCGGUGUGGGAUGGUCAGGAGGUGACGGAGGGGAGCGAGGCCCCGUGGCUGAGGAGGAAGCGGGCCCCCUGGCUGGGCAGGGCCUGGGAGGUCCCUGUAAGGGCUGUGGCUACUUCUCGGAGAAAGACGGGGAACUGUCGGCUUGUGGGGGGAUGGGGAUGCGGCAUACACUCCCACCAUCUGGCUCACUUGAGGACCACGAGAACUCACACUUUACGGAUGGGGAAACUGAGGAUGGGAAGGAGUCACUGAGUACCUAAGGCCAGGCAGUGGGACACAGUGGAGGAGACGAUCAUGCGGUCCCACCUUGAGCCUCUGCCACCCCCCUGUGCCCUUGCUCCCAAGAGCCACAGCCCCUCCCCCAGCCCAGCAUCCCUGACGCCCUGCAGACCUGGGCUGCACACACCAGGACGUGCGCACAGAUGAGGGCCCUCCAGUCUGGCUGAGGGCUUCCUCCCUCACAGGCCUUCCUCCGCACCAUCAUCCUCUGCCCGUCUCCCUAGCCAGGAGCUCCGUGGCACGGCCUGAUGGGAUGAAGCCCCGUCUCAUCCUGAGGGCACCUAGGAGCACAGAGGCAGGGUCCCGACCAUGGCUAACACUUAUUGAGUGCUGACAACGGGCCACGCCUGGAUUAACAUUAAUCCUCACAGCAACUCUAGACAUAGAUGCUAUCACUAUCCCAUUCUCCAGAAGAGGACGCUGAGACCCACAGAGAAUGAAUCAUGAGCCCAAGAUCACACAGCGGCUGAGUGCAGGAGAUGGCUGAUCCAGCCAACAGAACUUUCUCGAACGAUGGAGCUGAAUUUGUACUUUCAUUUAAUUUUAAUUAAUCAGAAUUUAAAUAGCCACACAUGGCUAGCAUACUGGGGGUACAGCUCCAGAGAACCUCUGCUAAGGAAGCCCGGGAGCCUGAAGGCAGGAGGAGGGGUGGGCCACCACAGAUGCUCACAGGUCGUCCGAGCUCGAGGAGAAGCUGCCACAUGACCCCAGCGCUCUGAGCCCUUAGCCACUCAGCCCAGAGAGCUGGAGCAGGGCUCGGGGGUCCACACCUGCAGCUGGAGCCCUGGGCGACCCCAAUCCUGACCGCACAUCCAGGCUGCGCGGGCCGUUUCUCUGCACCUCAGCAUCCUCGUCUAUAAAAUUACAUCUUAGUAUCAACCUGAUCGAGCAUAUGUUAUUCCAAAACAUGCUUUCUUUUGACAACCCAGGGUGGUCGUGGGAACCCAGUGAGACAUCUUUCCAGCACAGCUGGGGAGGAGGAGGCCAGUAUCUUUGGAAGACAGGCAGCAAUUACACAAAGGCGAACUCCCACGUCAAGGGCCAGCCUGAGCCUCCCCAAGUCAGAGCUUGGAAAUGGCAGCUACAUUAAUCCUGUCGCUAGUCGGUUAAAAGGAAUCAUCCAGAGGAUUCAUGACAUGCCUCUAUUAAGUUUUUGAAAAUACCAUCUAAAUGGAAACACACAGCUACAAAAAGUAGACAACUCACACACAUGACCCCAAACACAGGCUCGACACCUACCCUCACCCCCCC